AUGUACAGCAAUGUCAGGAGGGAAGCUAGCCUCUUGUUCACGUUCGUCUUUUCGCCUCAUUUUCCCACUUUCGUUGCUUCCAGAAUGAUGUUGAUGCAUCCAAAGCUGCCCCCGUCCUCAACUCCAAAGCUGACGGCACGUCGGCGCCCAAGCCAAUCAGCGUGUCCAUGGACGACUCUGAGAUGAAGAAACUGAUGGACGAGUGCAAGAGGCUGCAGUACGAUGUGGGCAAACUCUCCGACGAGAACAGACAACUCAAGGUAUGGUCAUAUAUUGUGUGAUGUCUAAGAUUGAGGCGGUAUUAGGAUAGUAUUAUAUAUUGGCGAUAUACGGUAAUAUAUUGUGAAGACAGUGUUCUUGUUAAGAUGAUAUUGGCCUCGGCCUAUGGCUGUGGUAGAGAAGCAUGUGUGAAAGCCUUGGGGUUCUAACCUACAGUGUUUGUCCUCCUCUCAGGAUGAGGGCCUGAGGAUGAGGAAGUCCCACCGGCCAGACAACAUAGUCUCCAGCUCGGGCGCCAUGAUGAGCAAACAGCAUUCUUCCAGCUCCCUCCCCUCGCUACUGGUCGUCAUAGCAGCCAUCUUCAUCGGAUUCUUCCUAGGGAAGUUGGUGUUGUAGGGGCGGGGCGAGAGAGAAGGGAAGUGAGCCGGCGUGGGCCCGUUUGUCUCUGUAAGGGCCUGGUCGUAGCACCAGCUCACACCGUACGUACAUAUGUUCUGUGUACCGAAUCAUAAACAGGCCUCGCCUUUUACAAUCUCACACGGUUAGUACACGUGGAAAAACAGAGGAAUGAGCUUUCUCCUUUUUUUGGGG